AUGGCGGCCGCCAGCGGCUACACGGACCUGCGUGAGAAGCUCAAGUCCAUGACGUCCCGGGACAACUACAAGGCCGGCAGUCGGGAGGCCGCUGCCGCCGCCGCCGUGGCUGCCGCUGCCGCCGCCGCCGCUGCCGCCGCCGAGCCUUACCCGGCGCCGGGGACCAAGCGCAAGUACCAGGAGGACUCGGACCCGGAGCGCAGCGACUACGAGGAGCAGCAGUUGCAGAAAGAGGAGGAGGCGCGCAAGGUGAAGAGCGGCAUCCGGCAGAUGCGCCUCUUCAGCCAGGACGAGUGCGUCAAGAUCGAGGCUCGCAUCGACGAGGUGGUGUCCCGAGCCGAGAAGGGCCUGUACAACGAGCACACCGUGGACCGGGCCCCGCUGCGCAACAAGUACUUCUUCGGCGAGGGUUACACGUACGGCGCCCAACUGCAGAAGCGCGGGCCCGGUCAGGAGCGUCUCUACCCGCCCGGAGACGUAGACGAGAUCCCCGAGUGGGUGCACCAGCUGGUGAUCCAGAAACUGGUGGAGCACCGCGUCAUCCCCGAAGGCUUCGUCAACAGCGCCGUCAUCAACGACUACCAGCCCGGCGGCUGCAUCGUCUCUCACGUGGACCCCAUCCACAUCUUCGAGCGCCCCAUCGUGUCGGUGUCCUUCUUCAGCGACUCGGCGCUGUCCUUCGGCUGCAAGUUCCAGUUCAAGCCCAUCCGGGUGUCAGAACCUGUGCUUUCCCUUCCGGUGCGCAGGGGCAGCGUGACUGUGCUCAGUGGGUAUGCUGCUGAUGAAAUCACUCACUGCAUAAGGCCUCAGGACAUCAAGGAGCGCCGCGCAGUCAUCAUCCUCAGGAAGACAAGAUUAGAUGCACCACGGUUGGAAACAAAGUCCCUGAGCAGCUCCAUAUUGCCACCCAGCUAUGCUUCAGAUCGCCUGUCAGGAAACAACAGGGACUCUGCAGCGAAACCCAAGCGGUCCCACCGCAAGGCAGACCCUGAUGCUGCCCACAGGCCCCGGAUCCUGGAGAUGGACAAGGAAGAGAACCGACGUUCAGUCCUGCUGCCCACACAUCGGAGGAGGGGUAGCUUUAGCUCAGAGAACUAUUGGCGCAAGUCCUACGAGUCCUCAGAGGACUGCUCAGAGGUGGCAGGCAGCCCUGCUCGAAAGGUGAAGAUGCGUAGGCAUUGAGGCCUUGCGCCCUUCUAGAACUUUGGCUAAUCCUCAUGUAGCUGCCCCACCUUCUGUCUUGUUUGAAAGUUGUGUUUUUUUGUUUGUUUGUUUGUUUUGUUUUUUAAAAUCCUAUAUACUUUUUCCUUGCUUUGUUGCCCAUUAAGGCUGAAGGACUGAAUUGUCCCAAGACCUGGGUUCUCAUGUUCUUGGCUUCCCUCCUGGAUGGAAAGGUUGUUGGCAUCUGUAGGAAACAGAGCUCAUGUAGGAGUAGCCAGUAGAGAGAUGGGGGACAGCUGUUUUCAAGUGGGACUGUCAGGCUAGGCUUAUUUAAAAGCAACAGAAUGUUUGGUUAAGGAAUUCUUGUUUUGGCUUUAAAUGUAAAUCUUCACAGUGUUCCACACAAAGUUCAUUCUCCUGCCGCCCCUUUCUUUCAUGGAUGUUCAUGCUCAAUUAUGAUCUCUUAAAGCCUUACAGGCCCUGUGUAGAGCCUGCUGCCCCCACUUCUCACUUGCUCUUCAGGUUCUGGAAGCUCAUGCAGAUACCCUCUUCCCUCUAUUCCAGUUAGCUGGGUAGAGGUUAGAUAUUGCCAGUCCCUGCCACCCCAAAGCCAUUGCUGAGCCCCAGGCUUCCUGCACGCCCUCUGGUCUCCUUUGCCUACUGUUCCUUGGACUGCCAAGGGACUAUCACAGUGGUCUUGACCUCUCUUGCCAAGAGCAUGCAUCUUUGCUGGGUUGCUCCUUUCAGGCAUAUGCGUGUGAUUGUAUGGAACAGUUAGACUUGCCAUGUUGAGUCACUUGUAGGAGUUGUUUCUAGCUAGAGGGACCAGUGUCCUUCCAAGUCUAGCAUUUGAGGUAUGGGAAAUUGUUGUGGUGUGUGGUAGGGUUUUUGUUUUCUCUUGAGGUAUUUUUCUCUCCCUUUGGUCUCUGUCUUUCUCCUUUUCCUUCUAGAAGGCUCUCUUCCAUUGGCCAGCUUGGGCUUCUUUUCCCAUGUCCCCUCUAGGAAGGUGUGCCCUCUUUGUCCACCUACAGCAUGCAUCCCAGGUCACAAGUCAGACCUGCAGACUGGGUUGCUUUCUCUGCCUCAGGGAUGUGGAUGCUUGGGAUAGGGAUAUGAGUUCUAAAAAAUAAGAAAAGGAAAAAAAGGUGAAGUCUUUUGGCAGUUUCUACCCACUCAGCUCCUGGAAGGCUAUGGAGUUUUGCUAAUUUAAAUUCAUUAGGCAUGUCCUUUUGGCAGCCAGGCCAGGGCCUGCUCCUGCCAAAAGAAGAGGCCCUCCCAGCUACCAAGCCGCCAUCACUCCAGGCAACUUUAUGUACAGAGACCCAGGCCUAAGGCCAUAGAGGCUGCAGAAAUCUGAGGCAGCCACUAUCAAGGAGACCCUCUGGGGUCAGAACUCCUUUGCAAGUGUGGAUCCCUCAAGUCGGGACUGCAUAACUAAAGCAGUUGCAGUUUUUUGUUGUUGUUGUUGUUUGUUUUGUUUUUACAGCUCCCCCCCUCAAAAAAAAAAAAUGAUUUGUAGUUGUAUGUACAGCACUUUGCCCUGAUAUGUGUGCUCUACAAUAAAAACCAAAUCUAAUAUAUUUUGAAA